CUGUCGUGGUUGAAGGUUCUGAUGGCGCUAAGAUCUUAUUGGUGAGCCGUGCUAGGAGGUUGAGCUUCGUCAAGGUCCUUGAUGUUCGUUGGCGGAGAUAAUGCUGAUGGCUCGAAAGAGUGCUCGCAGGCAAAGAGAGGGUUGUGGUUGUUCAAAAUUUAUCAACGUGAGGUCACUGGGCCCUGCUAGCGUUUGCUCAAUUCUUGAUCUUUUAGAUGAGAUACAUUCUACCGCAGUUCCUCUACGUCUUGAAGCAACUCUCCUUCAGAGGAACAAUCCGAUGUUUCCCCAACAUCAAGUGCAAUGUGGAGACUCGCGAACGAACUCCUUCCACUUAACUUCCCCUAUGUCAAUGGCGGAUGAUAACAAUCUAGCCUCUGCCGCCCUCCCCUGCAGUUACUUCGCUUUCCUCGACCCACGCCGCCGAACCAUUUUAUGGCCACAACUCAGGGACACGAGCCAUGGCCAGCCACUCUCGCUUUGCGCUACCCUCCGCCUGGGUAGACCUCUCAACUUUCAAAACCAUGGACGCCUAGCUUCGAGGUUUGGUAGCCAACGCAGGGGUGAUUGA